GGCGCCUGGGUGUACGGACUGGUACAGACGAUGUUUAUGUUUGUCUGUCACGAGACUAUAAAGUUGUGUGUAGAGCACUGCCAGUGUCUUUUUAUACUUUGAAUUCACUGCUGGCUGCACAGACACGAGGAUGACAAGACCCGGGUACAUCGCAUCUGGCCUCGUGCUGCUGUACACAGUGAUGUGUGGGGUGGAGGUACAAGCAGCGUGCAACACCGAUGCCACUGUCUUUGACUGUGACAACUUCAACCCCAAUCUCUGCAAUCCAGACUUAACACCUUUCUGCCUGACUAACGGCACAAAGGUCAGCGGGUCAUGUGAGGCCAAGCGAGCAGUCUGUGUGGAGCAUGCUUUUCUUGACAACACGAAUCAGGCUUGUGACCCCACAGCGACAACUGCAGCAUACCCCCAAAUACAUCUUGACUGUUGUAUCUACAACGAGACCAGCCGCUGUACUCACGACCUGUUCCCCAUCUGCUUGACCAACGGCACGAGGGUCUACGGCACGUGCAGCGCGCUCAAGGCCGUGUGUCAUGAAUACGCUCACAUUGACCAGACGGGACACCUGUGUCCAGGGGUAACUACAGGAGAUCCUUGUGUCAGCUACACUGCCACCGGCCACUGUACUCAAGAUCUUCUCCCCUUCUGUUUGACCAACGGCACCGUAGUCUUGGGCACGUGCAGCGCGCUCCAGGCCGUGUGUCAUGAACACGCUCACAUUGACAAUACGGGACACCUGUGUUCAGGGGAAAAUACAGAGAGUGACUGUGUCAGCUACAACGCAUCUGGCCGCUGUACUCACGACCUGAUACCCCACUGCUUGACCAACGGCACCAUGGUCUUCGGCACGUGCAGUCUACUCAAAGCCGUGUGUCAUGAACACGCUCACAUUGACCAGACGGGACACCUGUGUCCAGGUGAAAAUACAGAAGAUCCUUGUGUCAGCUACAUCGCCACCGGCCGCUGUACUCACGACCUUCUCCCCUUCUGCUUGUCCAACGGCACGAGGGUCUUCGGCACGUGCAGCGCGCUCCAGGCCGUGUGUCGUGAACACGCUUCCAUUGACCAGACGGGACUGCUGUGUCCAGGGGAAACCACAAAAGAUGCUUGUGUCAACUACAACGCCACCAACAGCUGUCCUCACGACCUUCUCCCCUUCUGCUUGACCAACGGCACCAUGGUUUUCGGCACGUGCAGCGCGCUCAAAGCCGUGUGUCAUGAACAUGCAACAGCAAGGAGCUGUGACUCCAGCGCCGCAACCUCCCUCCUGCUGUCAACGUUUGAUGUUGUCACUGUCAUUGCUGUGUGUGUCAUUGCUGGGGGCAUGAUGAAGUGAACCAUCCUCCUUCACCUACUCCUGGCCUCUCUCUCUCUCACACACACACACAUACACAGAGCGAGCGAACAAUCUCCACUGAUCAGGUAUAGUGUCCACAGUUAGUGGAUGAUGAUUCAACAGUCCUCUUGUUUACUGAUCGUGGUAAUGUUACCUUCUUUUGUACCUUCUGUCUUCUCAUAAAGUAGUGACAACAUGACUGGCAUUGAGAGGCCAUGAUGUGUCACUUUAUAUCUGUGAUUGGGGAAAACAAUCUGAUGUAUUACUAUAUAUAUAUGUGAUUGGGGAGAACAAGAAGGAUAGUUCACUAGAUGUGCAUGAUUGAUGGGAACAACAACGCAAACAGUGACGGGUUUCCCCAAAAUAUACUGUAUUGGAGAAUGCUGGGAAGCAUCCAACUGUAGUGAUUCUUACAUGGCUCGUCUAUUAUUUUACUCACAGUCAUAUGCUAAGUCUUGUCUGAAUUGUGCUUUUUGACUUCUGAAUUCCGUGUUUGUGAUGCCCACAGAGUUGUUUUGCGGCCACAUGAAAGGCGCGAGACACGGACAGAAGUCUGAGUGUUUGCUGAACAUAUUGUACACACAAUCUAACACACAUGCAUAUUCCUCUCGCAUGCGCACAAACACACUUUACACAUGACAAAGCUGACACUUUCCUGAUGACCAUGCAAUUUAGUCCCAAGUUGCAGAUUAUUAAAUACAACAGGCAGACCAUGUCAACAACUUAUUAUUAAAUGCUAACAUGAAAGAAGCCGACAGCAGCAUGUCAUGUUUCAAAAAAUCUAGAUAAAAGUUUGAACAAAACAUGAAAAUCGUUACAAUUGCUGUAAUUUUGUGCAAUAUGUGCAUUAAAAGUG